ACAUCCUGAGACAACAGAUCUAUUCAUGGUAAUAGACGGAGCCAAGCAUCAACUCUUUAUUUCCAAUGGACCCAGACAUAUGAAACUGCAAACCCCAAAGCCUGAUGGUAGCACCUUCUUACCUCCGACAAUCCUGCAGCCUCACCAGGGAAAACACUUGUGCUCUCCAUGUCACAGGAAACUAGAAGUCCUUCUCUGUUCUACUCAGGUAUUAUCUCCCAAAGCCUCUACCUCCUGCACUAAAACACUGAACCCAGAGACCAGAACGCAACACGUUGCAACCCGUUUUACCCUCUAAGCUCCUAUCACUGAUUACCAGCGUUGACUUGGGACCUCAAACUCCCCGUCGCCUAUAAACUGCACUCUAAGCAAUCGUACUGAUACUGAUCAGCACGGUAUGCUCGGGCCAGUGGGAAGCAUUUCCAUCUGAAGGAAGACAACAGCUACUUCUGACUCAAUCGUCUACGUGCUGAACCUGGCCGACAGCUUUAUACCUCAGUAAUCGCCGCAUAUUGGGCGAUAUUUGUGCCCAGAAAACAUUUCUGCUCACAAAGGCAACAUUUCAUCGACGUCUUUCGUCCUGGUGCUUUCAUCUGUCCCAUAGACAACAGUUAACUUACCAGCAGGUGCAAGCUACAAAGUAGACAAGCAACACUGGCAUCUUGCAUUUGCCUUGGGGACAAGAAUAUUACCCAGGGGUCCAACUAGAAAUGCAAAUUACUGCCUGGCAGAAAUGAUCACUUCAUCUCCGAGUUAUCUAAAUUCAUCGGCAAAGCCCCAAGGAGCGUUCUAGCAUCUCUUCUUUAGUGAGUUUACUUUUCACCACCCGAGGCCUGUAAUGAGGUAAAGCCCCCCUCCCAAGCAGCAGGGCAAGAUCUUGAAAACCUCACAUGCUGUUUCUACUCUGCAAGCGAGACACGGACAACUUCCUGGAAGAUCUAGAGCAAAGUCCUUCAUCCUGAAAGAUGGCAGGAAAACCCCAGAAGAACUGAGCAAGAAGCGAAAAAUGCAAUGCUUUCUGUCCAACACACCAUGCUCCUGUCGCUCAGUUCCUGGUCACAGAUUCCUCUGGUUGACUGUUGAAAAGGCUGGCAGCGAAUGCUGAGCUGGUCGACCUGUUUGACGGACGCCUCCUGGUCCUGUGAUUGGUCGCUGGAUGGUAGUGAAGACGAACAGCAACGAUGUUUGACAAGCAGGAGAGCAACUCAUCCGAGAGCGAUGAGAGAGGGUGGCCGGAUGUGCCGAAGCGAAAGCGGAAAAACAGCCAGUGCUCUGUGAAGAGCAUGUCUGCUCUUAGUGUCUCUGUUCCAGGUUACAUCCCCAGCUACCUGGAGAAGGACGAGCCGUGCGUGGUGUGUGGGGACAAGGCCACCGGCUACCACUACCGCUGUAUAACCUGCGAAGGCUGCAAGGGCUUCUUCCGCAGGACAAUCCAGAAAAACCUCCAUCCUGCUUACAGCUGUAAAUAUGAAGGCUGCUGCAUUAUUGACAAGAUCACCCGCAACCAGUGCCAGCUGUGCAGAUUCAAGAAGUGCAUCUCUGUGGGCAUGGCCAUGGACUUGGUGCUCGACGAGAGCAAGCGCGUGGCCAAGCGGCGCCUCAUCGAGGAGAACCGAGAGCGGAGGAAGAGAGAAGAGAUGGUGCGGACGCUGCAGAUGAGGCCGGAGCCAGACAGUGCAGAGUGGGAGCUGAUCAGGAUGGUGACGGAGGCCCACCGGCACACCAACGCCCAGGGCUCCAGCUGGAAACAGAAGCGCAAGUUUCUGUCAGACGACAUCGGCCACGGUCCAAUGGUGCCCACUUCAGACGGAGACAAAGUCGAUCUUGAGGUCUUCAGUGAGUUCACCAAGAUCAUGACCCCCGCUAUCACCCGUGUUGUUGACUUUGCCAAGAAAUUGCCCAUGUUUUCAGAGCUGCCUUGUGAAGACCAGAUCAUCUUGCUGAAGGGGUGCUGCAUGGAGAUUAUGUCCCUGCGCGCUGCUGUACGCUACGACCCUGAAAGCGAGACGCUGACGCUCAGCGGCGAGAUGGCCGUGAAACGCGAACAUCUCAAAAAUGGUGGGCUGGGGGUUAUUUCCGACGCCAUAUUCGAUUUGGGCAAGAGCCUGGCACAGUUCAACUUGGACGACUCUGAAGUGGCUUUGAUGCAGGCCGUGCUGCUCAUGAGCUCAGAUCGCACAGGGCUGACGAGCGUGGAGAAGAUCGAGAGGUGCCAGGAGGCCUACCUGCUGGCGUUUGAGCACUACAUUAACUACCGUAAGCACAACAUUCCCCACUUUUGGCCAAAGCUCUUGAUGAAGGUGACGGACCUGCGUAUGAUCGCCGCCUGCCACGCCAGCCGCUUCCUCCACAUGAAGGUCGAGUGUCCAAACGAACUCUUCCCGCCGCUCUUCCUGGAAGUCUUCGAGGACCAGGAAGUAUGACUUUGCACCCCGCGCUAAAAGCACGCGUUUUGGCAGGGAGACGGAAGCACUGACAACGGACGAACGUCAUAGGAAAAACUGGAUUUUGUUUUCAUUUGUGAGAACGUGCCCUGUACAUUUUUUUUUUUUUUUUCGGUUUGUUUGCCCAUUUGUUGUCAAACACAAGACUGACCUUCUGCCACCAGCAAGUUUUCAUCAGCAUCAACGGAAACACAGGCAUUUUAAACUCCGCUUUCUGAGAGGUGUGCACAUACACAUCUUCAGGGAAUAGUUUUCAAACACUUUGCCACAAAGGUACAUCUAUAUGCAAAUCCAAAUUGCAUAAGUAAGGAGGGCUGGGCUGUUGCCACACCUAAUGCAAACUGAGGGGCUUUGCUAGCAGCACACCUGCCUGUAAUCUCCAACAGGUGUCUGAUGUUUGUUUUUUUUUCCCUGUCCGGCACCUGACAGCUGGCACUAAAGACAAUCCCUCCACCCGGCCCGCCUCAAACCCACCUCCCUAGCAGCUCCACCAACAACGGCUUCCUCUUUCUGCGCUCUUUUCAAUCCACUACGACCCUGAGAGUGAUCGUCGACCUACCUCCGUCACACAAACCUUCGCACCGAGAAACGCACUCACAGAAUGUACGUGCGCUAAACACCCCCCCCCCCCCCCCCCCCCCCCAACACUGUUACCUCAUUUCUUGUUAAAUGUAUUUCUUUAUUUGUAUCUGGGGGCAGGUUUAGUUCGGUUAGAGAGCAUAGAGCCAUGCGCCCGACAGUUACCCAUAUGCUUCUUGCGGCUGCUGAGAGAAACUCCAGUGGAACAACUUUAUAGAAAACACUGAUCUACAAAGCAUUAAUUCUACUGCAGGUCUUACAGCUGAGGAUGCUAAAGCAUUGAGAGGUGUCAUGAACAUCACAGUGCAUUCUGUAAGCGCUAAACACUGAGUAAGUAUAGAGGAUUUGUGGUCAAAGAAAGCUUCCUAAAUAUCAAACAAAAAGCCUUCAGAAGGCUCAGUGAAGGAGUAACAUGUGCAGACAAAGUUGUUUGCUGCCCUGGUAAAUGUGUGAAAAGCCUUAAAAUAAAUCUCUUUUUUUAUUACAUGCUGAUGCAUGUAUUCGCCACACAAAUAAUAUCACACCAAACAAGACUUUUUCUUUCAUUUGAGUACAUUUAUUCAGUUUGGAAAUAAUCCCUUUAAAAUAAAUGUAACCUUUUUUUUUUUUUUUUUUACUUUAUAGCUAGCUUUAUAUCAGCUGUUGGCCAGUCCUCAGAUACAAGUUGGCAUCCAGAUAGCACUUUGAUAUGGAGCAAGGAAAAGCUCUCUCUCACCUAUCGCAGAUAUAAACACGCUGUGUUUGCUAAGCUCUGCUGGGGAUUCUACUUGAGCUGUGUAGUUUGGUCUGAUGCAACUAAGGUUAUUUUUAGCACCGCUUCAUCAGCUGGGGCUGGCAUGAAACAAAGAGUGACAGUAAUGUGGAAGAGCACCUCAUGGUAAGGUAUGGCGGCAGAUCUCUGAAGCUGUGGGCUUAAAGCCUGGUUCACUCGGCAAGAUAAUUAGCCCGAUGUUUACCCCGAUCUACCCCUUCUGACAGCCCCCAAAUAUCGGAAUAGGUUUUAAGAUAAUCUUAAGAGAUUUUCCUGCCAUGUGUGGUGUGUUAUGACUGAUCUAGCCUGCUCAGAAGGACAUUGGGCCUUGUCUGACCUCAAAUAGAGGAUAUGCAACAUGUUGGAUUGCCUUGGUCCAAUAUUCUAUCAUGUGUGCUGUUCCCCAAGGACAAAACCAGCACGCCCCCUAUUGAAUGUGAUGUGUAGCCAAUCAGAGAGUGAGGUGAGGGUAACACGGAGAAAGAAAACACACACAACUCACAUAUAUAUAUAUAUAUAUAUAUAUAUAUA